CCUUGACGUAACAUUCCCUGAAAACUCGAUGAUUAUAUUAAUAAACGAUAUAAAUUAUCCUUAAAAAAAUACAAAGAAAUAGAUCACGGUUCCUUGUCAAAGCUGCCUCCUCUUGUUGCUCAAGUAAAGCCAACACAUCCACAUCUAUACGCACACACAUACGAAGGCACCUUCUUCACAUACAUUGAUACAUAUAUAUAUAUAUACACACACACACACAGCAAGUCCAAGUGGAAUACAGAAGACAUUACAGAUAGCCAAGAAGACAGAACAAUGCAAGAUUUUUCAUAUUCUACGGAGUCCUUUAGCCCUAGCUUCAGUUUUUAUGUCUCCGGUGACGGUGAGAUCGUCGAAGCCGCCGUUAGAGUUGUCCGUGAGUCUUACGGCGACGACACCGCUGAGUUCGAGUUCGAAACAUUACCGUUACACGAAGAGAACUUCUUCCACUUCCCAACGACGACGGAGACGAAAUCUUUCGAUAGCUCACACAAGGAGGAAGAAGACGAUGACGUGGCAGCGGAUGGAGUCACCUCGAAGGAUCUUUUCUACGGUGGUGGAUGGAUGCUUGAUCAGUCUAUAUCCUCGCCGUCUCAGUCGCCUUCAUCUUCCGAGUCUUCAGACUCGGAGGAUCUUUCCCCGAGAGGAUACAACUGUUUCUGGAGCCCGACCCGAUCUCCGGCGAGAGUUGAUAGCUCCAAGAGUAAAACUUCGAGCGCACCGAAACGGUGCCGUAUUAAGGAUCUUUUAAGGAGAAGCCACAGCGACGGAGCUGUUUCGACCACGAGCGAGCCUAAACGAUGUCGUUUCAAGGAUCUUCUGAGGAGAAGUCACAGCGACGGCAGAGGAAGUGGGUCUUUAGUUUCGCCGAGCGGGAACAGCUCACCAGCAGUAAGAGGGAGAAACAAAACGACGUCGAAUAAGUAUACUAAUACUGGGGAAGUGAAUAUGAGAAGAAAGACUUAUUUACCUUACAGGCAGGAUUUGAUCGGCGUUUUCGCCGGAAUGAGUAGACUCAGUCGAUAAAAUAAUUGUAAUUAGUAAAUUUACAAAUAGCUCCUUGCUUCAAUAUUUGUUUUCGUUUUGUGGCCAUGUAAAAACCUUUUUUGUGCUAUUAUUUUCUUUUGAAUACAAAUGUCUUUUUCCUGUCA